CGGAGACAGACACGGUGAUGGAGACGGGCAGGACGAUGCAUUCCUCUGUGAGACCCAUGCGCUGUCUGUCAUGCAGACACCGCCGGCUGAAGGUGAGCUGGUGGCGAAGCCUCUGCGUUCUCUACUCCAUGCUGUACCUGACGGGUCUCCACAGCGGAGCGGAGGCCCUGAAAGCGCGCUGCGGCCGUGAGCUGGUGGCCGACCUGCAGUUUGUGUGUGGGGACCGAGGCUUCUACAGAGGUAAGGUAUCAGGUGCUAGGGGGGGCACCCGUCUGCGGGGUAAGGGCAUUGUGGAGCAGUGCUGCCUCCGUGGCUGCGACCUGCAGCACCUGGAGGCUUACUGCGCCAAGCCACGCCGGGCCCGGAGGCACGCCCCCCCCACUCACCCGCGAACAAUGGAGGAGCUGUACCAUGUUGUCUUCCCCAAGAGAGCCCUGGCUCUCCCGAGGCCUGUACGUCCCACAGUGCCCAUGUGGAGUCGAGGCAAGGGGGGUGUGGAAGGCAGCCUUGAGGAGAGGAGCCCCAUGUCAGGAAACGGACUGGCAGACACCUGGAGGAGUGUGCUGGACAUGGGAGCCGUGUGACUGGCGUGCAGGCAGUCGGACCCACACAGCUGCUGCUCUGAAUUUGCACAGGGGCGGGUGCUAUAGCCUCAGCGAUGCCUUCAGCCCCCAACGAGCCAAAGCAGCUGCCUGCUUCCUACUGGUUACCUACAUGUAAAUGUGAAAGCAGACUGGAGGCUCCAAGUCGACUCCUUUUAUGCAGUAUUUAUUGUAGCUUUUCUGCUUCGGUUGAUAAACUAUUUAAAGGUGAUUUUCCGGCACGUUGCAUUGUCAGUGAAUGUAAGGACACAGAGGCAGAGCACAGCUCUUAUUGCCUGUACUGGACUGUAUCUGCAGAGGUUUUAAGGCAUUAAGUUGAAGAUCAAACUUUGAGUGGAAGGCAUUCACACACACAAGGUCCUUUUAUUUCUUUGAAAUUUUUCUUUUUCAAAAAGCAUGUGCACUAUAGAGCAUUUUCAAAUGCUUUCUUUGUGAAAUGUUAUACUGAGUGGUAAUUGAUGUGUGAUGUACUUUCUUUCAUUGCAUAAACACCCCAUCACCUGUCUGAGAGAUAUAUUAUGUAUGCAGAUUAUAGCCAGGAAGCCAAAUGUUGCUUCCUAAUUUGGCUUUUGCCUGAAACCCUCUUAUUAGGAUCAGUUCUCUGACAUUACUAUGCCAUUGUUUGCACAACAAACUAUUUAUGACUUUUUAGAUUUUUUUUUUUUUUGCUGAGGUUUCUUGUAAAUUUAGGACCAGCUUAUUUAUGAUGGGAGUCUGUUGGCUCUCCCCCUAAUUCCCCCCCCUCCCCCGUGAAGAUUUAUCAUUC